AUGUUUACGCUACCGUAUCCAGCAAAGGAAAAAGUAAAGCCACCAUAUCAUUUGCGUUCUGCACGUGUAAGCGUCGUAAAACAGCAUAUUUCAACACCUAUCAACGUUGUUCAUCAUGUUCAUCAUGCACAUCCUUCAUCUACUUCAUUUUUCGCAACAAAAUCAACCACAGUUAUAAAAGCACUUUAUGACUAUACGGCUAAAUCACCUUAUGAAUUAUCAUUCGAAAAGGGCGAUUUUUUCUUUCUAUCCAACCGCCCUGUCAAGGGUCAACAACAGCAGUAUCCUCAUCAAUAUGAUAGCUAUUAUGAGGCAUUCAAUCCUAUUAAUAAUACACGGGGAUUAGUACCAAGGAGUUAUUUCGAAUUGGUGGAAAAAAACCAUUCUGCAACUACUGCAACUAUGAAUACUACAAAUAAAACGAUCACAAAAUCGAACAGCAAUGAUCAACAGCAGAAAAAAUCAGAUGAAUUGAAUGCAAAAGCAGGCGAACCUAUUAUGAUUAUGGCUCAAUCGAAUUCAGAAUGGUUUAUUGCGAAACCUAUUGGAAGAUUAGGUGGUCCUGGAUUAAUUCCCGUCUCCUUUGUAGAAAUACGACGAGACGAUGAAUUGAAUAGUAGUAAUAGCAGUGGUAGUAAGCAAAUAAUAGCAACAGCAGCAACAGCAGAAACAUUACCUACGCCUUCAUUAUCGGUUCCGUCUUUAUCCAACGGCAACAGUAGAGCUCAACCUAGUAACAAUAUUGUUAUAUCGGCUUAUAUCGAUUCCUAUAUUCUGGAAGGAGAGCACUACUGGUUCAUCAUUUUUGCUAAACUCAAGAAGAACGGAAAGUAUAGAGUUCUUUAUCGACUUUACGAAGAUUUUUAUGAUUUUCAAAUACUCUUCCUACAAGCCUUUCCUGUCGAGGCAGGCAAAACAGCAAGUACUCAAAACAAAGGUCAUAGUGGACGAAUCUUACCGUAUAUGCCUGGACCUCUUGAUACUGUCAAUGAGGACAUUACAGCGGAUCGUGCAAAAGAUUUAUCAAAGUAUUGCCAUGAUUUAUUAAAUUUACCAAGUUAUCUAUCCCAUCAUUACUUGGUUCAGGAACAAUUAUUUGGACUGCACGAAGGAGAUAUUGAAACAGACAUCGAUCCUAGUAUUAAACAACACCCUUCUGAGUUAACAGAAACUCACAACAACAGCAAUAAAAUGAUGAAGGUGAAAAUAAUGUAUCGCGAUGAAAUGUUUGCUAUCAAGAUACCCAUGACAAGUUCGUUAGACGAAUUGAAGUCGAAGAUUGUAGAUCGAUUAAUGACUGUAACAAAAACAACAGCAAAGUCGAUGAUAAUGUAUGCCUUCAGUACAUUUGCCUGCUAUUAUUUUAUGUUAAUGAAUGAUAACCAAAACAAUCAACGUCACGAGGACGAUGACCUUACACCUACUCAAACUUCUGGUUAUAAACCAGGUGAAAAAAAGUCCAUUGCUGAAUACCAAAACUUAGAUGCUCAAGAUGAGUCCUUGAACAAAUGGAAAGCAUCUCUUGGCUUGAACAAGUCCGCCAACUAUACUGGUCCCAAAGAUGAUCCUCGUAAUGUUGUUGUUGAAUACAUUGCUCUUGAAGUUGAAGGUCGUGAAGAUGUCCGUGUUGAUCUGUCUACCCAACGUAAAGUUCAACAUGACGUUGUUUCUGGUUUGAAAUAUUUGCAGGUCGUCAAGAGAAAGGGCAUCAGAGUUGACAAAACUGAAGAAAUGAUCGGCAGUUAUGGUCCUUCACCCGAUGCUUAUGAAAAGAAAUUCGCAUCUGAAGAAGCACCCAGCGGUAUGUUAGCUAGAGGACAUUAUGAAGCUAAAUCCAAAUUUGUUGACGAUGAUGGUGUGUCACACAUGGAAUGGACUUGGUCUUUUGACAUCAAGAAAGACUGGUAG